AGUAUAAAAGGGAGCUCCUAUUGCCAACUUUGUCCAGUGAAGACGCCAAAAUUCAAAUCUCUCAGUCAAUAAACAGUCCAAUCAAUAUAUAAUCCUUUCGUAAAAGCUCUCUCCCUCACUUCUGAUGCAAUUACAACCUCAAUUUGCUGAACAGGACGUCGCCUGGUUUUCUCGUGAUCGAGAUCUACACACACCACUUUUUCACCCAAAUGCUCGUGACCCUGCAAAGAGCGUCUUGAUCGCAUUCACGUGAAGAUCGAUAUCGACCAAUCGAUCGAGUUUCGAGCAGGUUUAUAUAGAAGCUGACAGGUUAAUCCAGUAACGUAGACUUUGGAAAUGCCUGGUAAUAGAUUGACAGAGGAGGCGGUGACGGAGGAAAGAGAGGAGAAAAGGAAGCAGAUGUUGUCGACUUCGAGAUCGUCUUCGUCGUCGUCGUCGUCGUCUUCGGAUGACAGAGAGUAUGAACUUGAGGACCUGAGAGACAGGUUGAAAUCGUCGCGAGGAAGCCGAUUCCAAUUGAUUGAGAAUGAGUUGAAGGAGCUCAACCAGAAGAAAUUCAGUCGCCACGUCAUUGAUGGCAUUCGAGGCUUAUCCAAAGAUUUCAUUAUUCAUCCAGAGAACAGGUGGUAUCGGGCAUGGACAAAAUUCAUAUUGCUGUGGGCAAUAUACUCAUCCUUCUUCACCCCCAUGGAGUUUGGAUUUUUUCGUGGCCUAGAUGAGGAUCUCUUCAUACUGGACAUAAUUGGUCAAGUUGCAUUUCUUGUAGACAUUAUUGUGCAGUUCUUCCUUGCUUAUAGAGACAGUCAGACCUAUCGUAUGAUCUACAAGCGAGCCCCUAUAGCUCUGCGGUAUCUAAAGUCUAGCUUUAUCUUUGAUCUUCUUGGAUGUAUGCCUUGGGACAUCAUCUAUAAGGCUAGUGGAAGAAGAGAAGGAGUAAGGUAUCUUCUGUGGAUAAGAUUAUAUCGGGUGCGGAAAGUUACUGAAUUUUUCCAGAGACUCGAGAAGGAUAUACGUAUCAAUUACAUGUUUACUAGGAUUGUGAAACUUAUAGUUGUUGAACUCUACUGCACCCAUAGUGCUGCCUGCAUCUUCUACUACUUGGCCACCACACUACCUCCAUCCCAAGAGGGGUACACAUGGAUAGGAAGCUUACAGCUUGGCGGUUACAGUUACAUGAAUUUCAGGGAAAUUGAUCUCUGGAAGCGCUACACAACAUCUUUGUAUUUCGCCAUUGUUACAAUGGCCACUGUCGGCUACGGAGACAUACAUGCAGUAAAUAUGAGGGAGAUGAUAUUCAUAAUGAUAUAUGUUUCGUUUGAUAUGGUUCUUGGUGCUUAUUUAAUUGGUAACAUGACGGCUUUAAUAGUCAAAGGAUCAAAAACGGAAAAGUUUAGGGACAGAAUGGCAGAUCUUUUGAAAUACAUGAAUAGAAAUAAACUUGGAAGGGACAUUCGUGAACAAAUAAAAGGCCAUAUGCGCUUACAGUAUGAAAGUAGCUACACUGAGCCAGCAGCCAUUCAGGACCUCCCCAUUUCAAUUCGCUCCAAGAUAUCCCAAGACUUAUAUUUGCCGUACAUCGAGAAGGUCCCUCUCUUUAAGACUUGCUCUUCAGAAUUUAUUAAUCAGAUCGUCACAAGGCUCCAUGAGGAAUUCUUUCUCCCAGGAGAAGUGAUAUUGGAACAAGGAAAUGUUGUAGAUCAACUAUACUUUGUCUGUCAUGGUGUGCUGGAGGAAGUAGGCCCCGGUGAAAAUGGAUCUGAAGAGACUGUUUCACUUUUAGAGCCUAACAGUUCAUUUGGGCAAAUAUCUAUUCUAUGUAACAUUCCUCAACCAUAUACUGUUCGGGUUUGUGAACUUUGUAGGCUUCUGCGGCUUGAUAAACAAUCAUUUACGGAUAUCCUUGAUAUAUACUUCUAUGAUGGGAGGAAAGUAUUAAACAAUCUUCUGGAGGGAAAAGACUCUAGUCGAGGUAAGCAAUUGGAGUCAGAUAUCACAUUCCAUAUUGGAAAGCAAGAAGCUGAACUUGCUUUGAAGGUCAAUAAUGCGGCUUUUAACGGGGAUCUGAAUCACAUUAAAGGAUUAAUUCGAGCUGGAGCUGAUCCAAACAAGGCAGAUUAUGAUGGACGGUCAGCUUUGCAUCUUGCAGCAUCUAGAGGAUUUGAAGACAUCACCAUUUUCCUUAUUCAGGAAGGUGUAGAAAUCGAUCUGAGAGAUAACUUUGGGAACACACCCUUACUUGAAGCUGUAAAGAAUGGACAUGAUCGAGUUGCUUCUUUACUUGUUGGAAAAGGUGCUUCUAUGAAAAUAGAGGAUGCUGGUAGUGUUCUAUGUAAUGCUGUUGCAAGGGGAGAUUCAGAUUACCUUAAAAGGCUAUUAUCUUAUGGUAUGGAUCCUAACACGAAAGAUUACGAUUACCGAAGCCCUCUUCAUGUUGCUGCAGCUGAGGGUUUAUUCUUAAUGGCAAAGUUGCUGAUAGAGGCUGGAGCCAGCGUUUUUAUCCAAGACAGAUGGGGAAAUACCCCUCUUGAUGAAGCUAGGAUGUGUGGAAAUAAGAAUCUGAUCGAGCUAUUGGAAGAUGCGAGAUCUGCUCAGUUGUCAAGAUUCCCUCAUCUUUCCUCAGAACUUACAGUGAAACUUCAUCCCAAGAAAUGUACAGUUUUUCCUUUUCACCCAUGGGGUCCAAAAGAACAUAGAAGACAUGGGAUUGUGCUAUGGGUUCCACACACCAUUGAAGAGCUUAUCGAAACAGCAGCGGAGCAGCUUAAUGUUUCUAGUGAUUGUUCUAUUCUAUCAGAGGAUGCCGGUAAAAUUACUGAUGCGAACCUCAUUAUGGAUGGUCAAAAGCUGCACCUAGUCCAUGAAACACAUUAAAGAUGUAUAUUAAGCAAUCAUAGCUUGUUUUCAUAGGGCAAUGUACCUGUAUCUGCAUGGAACCUGUUGUGAAGCUGAAAUUACAUGAUGCUAUCCUUCAGGUGUUAAUGCAACAAAUAAAUAGUCAUCAUGAUUCAUUCAAUGUGAUUUUCAAAAUCCCACUUUUUUCUAUGACUUGGCAAUAACUAUUCUACAUUCUUUGAAUUACACUCCCCAGUUCAUUAUCACUCUAAGAGGUUAAU